AUGCACAAGCGUCCAUUGCUCUCUCCUGUAGACGAGGAAUCACCGGCGUUCAACGUUAUCAACACCCCGCAGGACCGUCUGGGCGAGAAGGAAGGCACGCCUACUGUCAACGCUCGUCCCUCGAUCACGUCUAUGGCUGACGCUGAGUACGACCUGACCCCAGAAGCGCUUCUACACGAAUACCACAACAGCGGACCCGUAGUGAUCGCCAAGUACGUGUCGCUGCGCAUCUGCGUUGUGGUAAUUCUACUGAUCCUCGCCAUCAUUUUCAAAGACCAUUUCAUGGAUUUCUCCGACUUUGUCGGCGCUUGGGCGGUGUCUCUGGCGUGUAUGAUCCUACCGAUCUUCUUCUACCUCAAGGUGUUCUGGAAUACCACGCCGUGGUACGAGAAGGCUAUCGGCGCGUUUAUUAUCGUCGUCUGCGCUGGUUUCGGUGGCUACGUGACGUACACGACGGGCCAUGAUCUCUUCCUGGACAUUGUGAGUGACAAGACGUUCCCCUACUGUCCGGACGAGUACGCGGAGGUCGUGUACACCAACGCGUCCUACUACGGCAACAACUAG